AAUACCGCUAAAUAACAAGUGUCCAACCUUCUCAUCGUCCCCCAUUCCCCAACUAACGCGACACCCUCCGAUUUCCCCCAAAUCCACCGCGUCCUCGCCGCCAUGGCCUCCUCCGGCGGCCUCCUCCUCCUCCUCGUCGCAGCGGUGUCCCUCAUCGCCCCCGGGGCGGACGCGCGCCCGUGCGGCCACGGGCAGACGCUCCUCAUCUCCUUUUCCUCCGUCUCCAGGCCCAACCCGGACCCCACCAACCCCGCGCAACGCACCGCCACCGUCGUCACCGUCCUCCGCGUCCGCCGCCUCGGCCCGCACCAGAUGCGCCGCCCGGAGGUCCUUCCCGCCGUGGCCUCCGCCUCUGAGUCUGAGGCCGCCUCGUCCGUCCAGGAGCGCGCCAAGGACAUCCUCGUCGUCGUCUCCGGUCUCAUCUUCGGAUUCGGCUGCGGUGCACUCACCGCCGCCUCCAUGUACCUCGUCUGGUCCCUCCUCGCCUCCACCUGCGCCUCCAGCUACGACGACGUCUACAUCGACGAGGAGGAUCAGCUGUCCGACUCCGAGAGCCCCAAGAAGGCCGGAUACGUCAUCAUCCACGACGCCGAGGAGUACAGUGCCGGUAAGAAUUAGGAUUGGGGAUUCAUCUUCGGUCAUCCCGAGGGCAAGCAAAAUAUUUAUAAUAUUGAUAUUGCAUGAUUACAUGGAACAUACUGUAUGCACCUAUCUAUGUUGCGUCUGUCCGAUUCUGUCUACGUGUGUCGUUUGGGGAAAGGAAAUUGAAAUUAUGAACCAA